GAAAUAGAUUCUCCACGACCACCUACCUAACGCCAUUGGAAAAUUGUGGGCCUGCCUUUCUACUAUAACAUAAUUAAACAACGACGUCAAUGCUCAGAAGUCUAUUUCCUUUUACCAAAAUUUGCCCCUCAAUUCAUCACCCUGGCAUCGGUUGCCCUUCAAUUUGAGACAGUCCGGAACUUCACGAUGAGGACAAUGGUCAAAACAUGGUCAAUGGGUUUAUCUCAUUGGGUGUGGUCAGCAGGGGUCUCAUCUCAAAUAGCUAAAAGAGUAAAAGCCAAGAAGCCGUGAUCGGCUUUCUAUUAAUAUAACCAGUCCAAACUUGCCACCUCACUACAAGACCAAACCCAUCAUUUCAUUAUUCAUUCGGGCACCAGCAGAUUCCAGCGCGCCUUCGUGGUUCCAGUGGUGAUUCCACAAUACAAGGCCCAGCCAUUCAAUGACGGAGAAAUUUGAAGAUCUUGGGCUUCAGCUUCGGUUCCUCCUCGAUCUAGUAAACGUCUUUGCUUCAAAUGACCACAAUCCAAUCGUUUCCUCCAUAGUUCGUUUGGUUUUGAAUUUCUUAUAGGAAUUAAAAAAAUGGAGCAAUCAGGGUAUGAUAUUAAUAAUCUAUUUCGAGAAGCUCAAGCUCGGUGGCUGAAGCCAGCUGAAGUACUCUUUAUACUACAAAAUCAUGAGAAGUAUCAACUCACGCAGGAGCCUCCUCAAAAGCCAACAAGUGGCUCUUUGUUUCUUUUCAACAAGAGGGUUCUUCGUUUCUUUCGUAAAGAUGGUCAUAGUUGGCGUAAAAAGAAGGAUGGAAGAACUGUCGGUGAAGCCCAUGAAAGGCUUAAGGUUGGUAAUGUUGAAACUUUAAAUUGUUACUAUGCUCAUGGAGAGCAGAACCCUAGUUUUCAGAGACGUAGCUAUUGGAUGCUGGACCCGGCAUAUGAGCAUAUUGUUCUCGUUCAUUAUAGAGAGAUAAAUGAGGCUAAGCACAGUUUGGCAUCCAUUGUGCAGUCACCGGUAUCCUCCUCUGCCUUUAGUCCAAGUCCAAACUCUUAUAAUUCUCAAAAUCCUGGAUCCAACUCUCUAGCUUGCGAUGUACAUCAAACAUAUCAGAAUUUGUCUAGUCCAGGGUCUGUUGAAGUUAGUUCUGAUAUAGUUAUUAAGCACAAUGAGAUAGAUAAUUCAGUAGAGUAUACCAUUCCAGCUGAUCUUCAGGUUAGUCAAGCUUUAAAGAGGAUUGAGGAGCAGUUAAGUUUGAAUGAGGACAGCUUUAAAGACAGUUCAGCAUCCAUUGUGCAGUCACCAGUAUCCUCUUCUGCCUUUAGUCCAAGUCCAAACUCAUAUACUUCUCAAAAUCGUGGAUCCAACUCUCUAGCUAGUGAUGUACAUGAAACGUUUCAGAAUUUGUCUAGUCCAGGGUCUGUUGAAGUUAGUUCUGAUAUAUUCAUGAAGAACAAUGGGAUAGAUAAUACAGUAGAGUAUAUCUGUCCGGCUGAUCUUCAGGUUAGUCAUGCUUUAAAGAGGCUUGAGGAGCAGUUAAGUUUGAACGAGGACAGCUUCAAAGAAAUGAGUCCUUUCUGCAGCCUGGAUGGGGACACAGAUGAUUCAAAAUUUCUGGAAUAUGGAAGGGAGACUGCCAAGCAGGACCCACAAGAAGAUCUACUGUAUGAACCAGAUGAUAUCAUUCAAGAUCACCUUUAUUCUCAACCUGCUAGGGUGGAAAAUUAUUCAAAUAAUUUUGCGCUGCUUUCAGAUGGAGGUAAAAAUGGAGAACAUAGCCAAGUAUAUAGCAAUGAUAAUUCAGAUGGAAGUAAGGAAUCUCUAUAUUGGAAAAAUGUAUUAGACUCAUGCAAGAAUCAAUCAGGUGUCGACUCCCAGGGAAGGCCACUAUCUUCUUCAAGGACAGGACCCACUGAGCAACAGGAACAGUCUGUUUGGCUGAAUUUCAAUGGAUCAGACUUGAAAGAUUCAUCUGUACUGCUAUGUCAAGAAGCUGAAAAUGUUGAAAUUCCUUCAUAUUCUUCUGCAAUACAAGCUAUUGGUACCAAUUCUGAUUAUUAUACGAUGUUGUGCAACCAAGACAAUAUAGAAAUUCCUCUUGCAACAGAUUCAAGCUUGACUGUUGCACAGAAGCAGAAGUUCACAAUUUGGGAAAUUUCUCCAGAAUGGGGUUACUCCAGUGAGGCUACAAAGGUCAUCAUUGUUGGAUCUUUUCUUUGUGAUCCAUCAGAAUCAGAAUCUGCCUGGGCUUGUAUGUUUGGGGAGACUGAAGUUCCUCUUGAGAUCAUUCAGGAAGGUGUUGUCUGUUGUAAAGCACCUCCUCACCUUCCUGGGAAGGUCACGCUCUGCAUCACCGAUGGCAAUCGUGAGUCCUGCAGUGAAAUCAGAGAGUUUGAGUAUAGAGUUAAUGCUAGUAGUUGUGCUCGGUGUAAUUUAUCCCACACAGAAGUUCCUAAAAGUCUGGAAGAGCUAUUGUUACUUGUCAGAUUUGUACAGAUGCUUCUGUCUGAUUCCUCAUUGCAGAAAGACAGCAUAGAAUCACAUCUUCUGAGAAAGUCCAAAGCUGAUGAUGAUUCAUGGAGUCAUGUCAUAGAAGCUCUUUUAAUUGGCAGUGGGACUUCCUCUGGUAUUGUUGAUUGGCUUUUGCAGGAGCUUUUAAAGGACAAAUUGCAGCUAUGGUUAUGUUCUAGAUCCAAGGAAACAGGUGAUCGGUCAGUCUGCACCAUGUCCAAGAAGGAUCAAGGAAUAAUACACAUGGCUGCUGGAUUGGGCUUUGAGUGGGCCUUAAAUCCAAUUUUAAACCAUGGUGUCAGCAUAAAUUUCCGAGACAUUAACGGGUGGACUGCUCUCCACUGGGCUGCUCGAUUUGGAAGAGAAAAAAUGGUUGCUGCACUUAUAGCUUCUGGUGCCUCUGCUGGGGCAGUAACAGAUCCAACCUCACAAGAUCUAAGUGGAAAAACUGCAGCAUCUAUCGCUGCCUCCAGUGGACAUAAGGGACUUGCAGGUUAUCUUUCAGAGGUGGCUCUGACUAGCCAUCUUUCAUCCCUUACACUGGAAGAAAGUGAGCUUUCCAAAGGCUCUGCUGCAGUUCAGGCUGAAAUGGCUGUGAAUAGCAUCUCAAAGGGGAGCCUUGCUACCAGUGAGGAUCAGCUUUCACUUAAAGAUACCUUGGCUGCUGUCCGGAAUGCAACUCAGGCAGCUGCACGUAUACAAAAUGCUUUCCGUGCACAUUCUUUCAGGAAACGACAACAGAAAGAAGUUGCUGCUACUGCAGCUAGUGUAGAUGAGUAUGGUAUCAGUUCAGAUGAAAUUAAAGGUCUUUCUACUAUGUCAAAGCUAGCUUUUGGAAAUGCCCGUCAUUACAAUUUAGCUGCUUUAUCCAUUCAGAAGAAAUUCCGAGGCUGGAAAGGUCGCAAAGAUUUUCUGUCUCUUCGCCAGAAAGUUAUAAAAAUACAGGCCCAUGUGAGAGGUUAUCAGAUCAGGAAGAAUUACAAGGUAAUCUGUUGGGCUGUUGGUGUUCUAGAUAAGGUUGUACUUCGUUGGCGCCGGAAAGGUGUUGGCUUGCGAGGUUUUCGUAGUGAGCCAGAGCCCAUUGAUGAAAGUGAAGAUGAGGACAUUCUCAAAGUGUUCCGCAAACAGAAGGUGGAUGUAGCAGUUAAUGAGGCUCUCUCACGUGUGCUGUCUAUGGUUGAUUCUCCAGACGCACGUCAACAAUAUCGCCGCCUGCUUGAAAGAUAUCGCCAAGCCAAGGCUGAACUUGGUAACACAAAUGAACCAGCGGCAUCAACUUCUCUAAGUGAUAUUGAUGAUAUGGAAAGUGAUGAUUUUUUCCAGUUCCCGUAGGAGCACCUUCUGAUCACCCUAACUUACCUUCUUCCUCUUGAACCUAAUUUGAUAGUUUCCUGGAUUUGUAUAAUAGUCUGCAUUACACCAUGGUUGUAACUUAGAUUGAUUUGCCCAUUUUCCAUGCAGUUAUGCUUAUGUAUAUGCUUCUUGUAAGUAGUAACUACCACUGUAAUUGAUUUAUAAUGGUAUUGAUUGAGCUUUUAUGACCUAAAAUUCCCUAAAAAU